AUGGCACCCGUUGUCGAUGUCCAUACACACAUCUAUCCACCGGCAUACGUUUCGCUCCUUCGCUCACGCACCACCGUCCCGUACAUGCGAACGUUCUCCGACAAUCCAUCAGCCGGAGAAAGACUUGUGAUUCUACCCAGCGAAGAUGCAGCAACAUCCACUGCGCGCGGACGCCCAAUUGGCCCUGAAUACUACGAAGAAGAGGAGAAGACCAAGUUCAUGGAUAAACAUCACAUUGACAUCAGUGUUAUAUCUCUUGCCAAUCCAUGGCUAGAUUGGUGUGACGCAUCCGAGGCUGCUUCUGUUGCGACUCAAAUCAAUGAUGAUGUCGAGCAAGUCUGUUCGCGCCAUCCAGGCCGCUUGUAUGCCUUUGGCACUCUACCACUCAAUGCUGGUGCCGAUGCAGUAGUCGCAGAGAUCAAACGUCUCAAUACGCUCUCCCACUUCCGUGGCGUCAUCAUUGGAACCUCAGGACUUGGNAAAGGAUUGGAUGAUCCAGCUCUUGAGCCCAUUUGGUCAGCCCUGCAGGAAUCCAAGCAACUCGUCUUCUUGCAUCCUCAUUACGGUCUUCCUGCCUCCGUGUACGGCGACAGAGCGGCAGAGUACGGACACGUUCUGCCUCUAGCCUUAGGCUUCCCUAUGGAAACCACAAUCGCAAUCACUCGAGCCAUUCUUUCCGGCGUCUUCGACCGCUUCCCCAGUUUGGAAAUGUUGCUUGCACACUCUGGCGGUACACUGCCUUUUCUGGCUGGCAGGAUUGAGUCCUGCAUUGCUCACGAUGGUCACUUGAAGAAAGCAAACAAGAUUGAAGGAAGGAGAUCGAUUUGGGACAUCUUGAAGACAAAUAUCUAUCUUGAUGCCGUGGUGUAUGGCGAAGCUGGAUUGAAGGCUGCGAUUGAAGCUAGUGGAAAGGAUAGAUUGAUGUUUGGAACUGAUCAUCCGUUCUUUCCUCCGCUGGAUGAGGGUGAUGAAGAAUGGCUUUCUGUCAAGACAAACACGGCAGCUGUGGGUGAGGUGUUUGGAACAGACCACAAGAGCAGAGAUGAUGUUAUGGGUGGAAAUGCUGUCAGGGUCUUGAGACUUGAAUGA